AUGAUGAGAAACUCAGGAGCUGGCGGCGGCGGCGGUAGAGGGAGGUGUGGCGGUGCAGACGGCGCGCGCCCGGGCACGACAUCUGGCAGUGGGGAAAGAGCAGGUCUGUGGAUGGACUAUCCCCACAUCCCUGGAACUGCACCCCUCCCUUACGAUAUUCUUCCCCCGAUACCCCACAACGAUGCUAUUCCAAUCUCUCUCACAUCGCCUCAGCCCCCAAUCGCGGGCUCUAAAUCCAUCUUUGCGUUCUGGCAUUCCGGGAUUGCGACGUUACCACCAUACCUACUACGCAAUGUGAUCGCCUGGCACCGUCGCUUCUCGCCCUUAGGAUGGACCAUCUAUGUUCUCGACACCGUACCUAACUCAGCCCUAAAUGUUUCCAACUUCAUUGACACGGCCUCACCCUCUGUUGUACCUGCGGCAUUCACUGACAAAACGCUCAAUGGAAACUAUGCAGCGCAGCAUACCUCGGACUUGAUCCGGUACCCUUUGCUUCUGAAGUACGGUGGCAUAUACCUCGAUGUCGGGAUCCUGCAAUUUGGCGAUCUAAACUGGCUAUGGACGGAACACAUUGCCAAUCCAGACUCCCCCUACGAUUUCGCAGGCUUUACGAUGGGCGACCCACCGGACAUACAGAUUGUAAACUUCGCCCUCAUGUGUGGUCCCAACAACCCGUUGGUACGACGCGCGCAUUAUAUCCUCCUCAAAUUAUGGGAAGGCAAGACGAAUACCACGGGCAUGCACAGCCAUCCGUUAGUCUCUCAUGUUCCGUUAAUGCGAGUGCCGCAAGAGGUGCAGGUCGAUGACGAGGAGCAAGGGAAGAUGGUAAUCAACGACGCAGUCAUGACCGACUAUGCGAUCCAGAUCCAGUGCAUGGGGUCUGCACAGCACUGGUUAGAUGAGGAUGACAGCUGGGAUGGGCCAAAGUAUGUGAGGGAGAAGUGCUGGCUGCUUAGCAUGAUGAACGGGGCUUUUGCACAUGAGCAAAUGACAAGUUGGAGCGGACAGCGACAGUUCGAACUACUUAAGCUCGCGAUACCAAAUUCGGGUGAGAAGGAGAGCGAAGACCAGGUGCUAGCGAGGAAAAUUGUGGGGAAGCUAGUAGCGGACAGUUGGUGUUUAAAGCUCGGUCAUGGGUUUUCGGCAAAGCUAUUCGGAGCUGAUACUCUAGGGAUGCUGUGGAGGAAACACGAUGGUGGUGAUUGUGGACAUGGGACGUAUGCAGGAUGGCUGCGAUGGGCCGAAGUCAGUUGCAGGCAGAGCAAGGCUAUCGAGCCUAUGAAGGUACCUGUGUACGAGCAUACCAUGAAGGGGAAACUAUUGCAGUAA